AUGCGCCAUUUCACCUUGGGUCUCCGCCCAUUGAAUGCCCUUGUGUCGCAAGCACAGUCUUACACUACGGUUGCGCGUACACAAUCCUCACGCUUCCUCUCAACACAAUCUCUCUCUCUAAACUCAGCACGCCCAUCAUCUUUUCUCCCUCGCUCGCACCGCAUCCUCGCCCAGACUCAACUCCGAUACAACUCCCGCGCUCCUCGCCCUCUCACUGAAUCACCCAAGAGCCAGAGGGAGCAAGAGGCUGAAUGGGAGGCUUUGAACCAGGAGCGUCGCAAGAAUGAGGAAGCUUACCGUAUUACAUUCACCUGUAAGCCGUGUGGUCAUCGGUCUGCGCACCGCAUGUCCAAGCAAGGCUACCACCGUGGAACUGUCCUUAUCCAAUGUCCCUCGUGUGACUCGCGCCAUGUCAUGAGUGAUCACCUUGGUGUCUUCUUUGAAGAGAAGACAACCCUAGAGGAUAUUUUGAAGGAAAAGGGUCAGACAUUGACCCAUGGCCACACCGAGGGCAACCUGGAAUUCUGGGAGGAUGGGUCUGUGAAGAGUUAUGACUUGGAGGGUAAAGAAAUCCUAGGAGCACGCGAUGAUGAUAAACCGGCUUAA